CCCCCUCAGGUUGAUGGCAGCGGCAGCUGGGUCCGCAGCCGAGCGCUGCCGUGGAGAGCCUCAGGCAGCAGCCGGAACGCGCAGCCCUCACCCGAGCCCCAGACGCCGCGGACACCCUGAGAGGCAGUUCCUUCGUCCCCGGCGCACUCCCGGCCGGCUCCGCAGAGGAGUCGCAGCGUGAGCACACCCCCUCCCGCCUUAGGACCAGGUACACCCUCGCGCCACCUUCGCCGCAGCCAGCGGAGCAGGCGGGGUCUCCGGAGGGGCCGAGCUCACAAGACUAAGGACCAAAGGCAUUUCUGAACACUGAGAUCCUCCAUCUCUACCCCAGCCAUGAGCCGGCGCGUGGUUCGGCAGAGCAAGUUCCGCCAUGUGUUUGGGCAGGCAGCAAAGGCUGAUCAGACCUAUGAGGACAUCCGUGUGUCCAAGGUCACUUGGGACAGCUCCUUCUGUGCUGUCAACCCCAAAUUCCUAGCCAUCAUCGUGGAGGCUGGAGGUGGGGGUGCCUUCAUUGUCCUGCCUCUGGCCAAGACAGGACGAGUGGAUAAGAACUACCCGCUGGUCACUGGGCACACUGCACCUGUGCUGGACAUUGACUGGUGCCCACACAAUGACAAUGUCAUCGCCAGUGCCUCAGACGACACCACCAUCAUGGUGUGGCAGAUUCCAGACUAUACCCCUGUGCGAAACAUUACAGAACCUAUCAUCACACUCGAGGGCCACUCCAAGCGUGUGGGCGUCCUCUCCUGGCACCCCACUGCCAGGAACGUCCUACUCAGUGCAGGUGGUGACAAUGUGAUCAUCAUCUGGAAUGUGGGCACUGGGGAGGUGCUGAUAAGCCUAGACGACAUGCACCCAGACGUCAUCCACAGUGUGUGCUGGAACAGCAAUGGUAGCCUGCUAGCCACCACCUGCAAGGACAAGACACUGCGUAUUAUCAACCCCAGAAAGGGCCAAGUGGUGACGGAGCGAGCCCGGCCUCACGAGGGCGCCCGCCCGCUGCGGGCCGUCUUCACCGCAGACGGGAAGCUGCUCAGCACCGGCUUCAGCAGGAUGAGUGAGCGGCAACUCGCCCUCUGGGACCCGGAGAGGUUUGCAGCCCACGAGGGGAUGAGGCCCAUGCGGGCCGUCUUCACGCGCCAGGGUCAUAUCUUCACCACGGGAUUCACCCGCAUGAGCCAGCGAGAGCUGGGCUUGUGGGACCCGAGCAACUUCGAGGAACCAGUGGCACUGCAGGAGAUGGACACAAGCAACGGAGUCCUACUGCCCUUCUAUGAUCCCGACUCUGGCAUCGUCUACUUGUGUGGCAAGGGUGACAGCAGCAUUCGGUACUUUGAGAUUACGGAUGAGCCACCUUUCGUGCACUACCUCAACACAUUCAGCAGCAAAGAGCCGCAGCGGGGCAUGGGUUUCAUGCCCAAACGGGGGCUGGACGUCAGCAAGUGUGAGAUCGCCCGGUUCUACAAGUUGCACGAAAGAAAGUGUGAACCCAUCAUCAUGACUGUGCCGCGCAAGUCAGACCUGUUCCAGGACGAUCUAUACCCGGAUACACCCGGACCAGAGGCUGCCCUGGAAGCGGAUGAAUGGCUAUCGGGUCAGGACGCCGAACCCGUGCUCAUUUCGCUUAGGGACGGCUAUGUGCCCCCUAAGCACCGUGAGCUCCGGGUAACUAAACGCAACAUCCUGGAUGAGCGCCCGCCCUCUGGCCCUCGCCGCAGCCAGUCAGCCAGCGACGCCUCCUUGUCGCAACAGCACACCCUGGAGACGCUGCUGGAGGAGAUUAAGGCCCUUCGCGAGCGGGUGCAGGCCCAGGAGCAGCGCAUCACGGCUUUGGAGAACAUGCUGUGUGAGCUGGUGGACGGCACCGACUAGCACGAUGCGCGGCUGUGCUCUGGCGGGACCGGGCGGGGUGCACCGACUCGGCCGCUCCAGCCUUUGGUCUGGGACUCCGGACCUCGCCUUCCUGGGCUGGGGUAGGAGGCUGAACUGGGAAGGAAACUAUACCCCUCACGAGAGACCUAGAAGAAGGGAGCUUAUGGGAGACCCGAGUUUGUCUGGGAGGGGCCAGACUGCGCUCACGGUCCAGGACUCAGGACUUGGUGGAGCUUGCCUAAGGGGGCUCCCCCGGGUAACAGGGAGCCUCACAAUGGUGCUGCUUGGCGAGAUGGUAUCCCCUGUCCCUUGUCCUGGACAGGGGAAAUGCUUAGUUAUUAGCAGAACGCUUGGGGAUAUUGGGGAGUUUGGGCUUGACCUUAAAGAAGUGGUCAUUCCACGAAUCUCCCCAGACUGAGUGGGGAAAAUUAGGGCGUUUCCCCUAAUCAGCUCACUUGAUUCCACCAAUCUGAGCAGUGAACCCCAGUACUGAGUAGGCAGCACCCCAGUUCUGCAGAUGCAUACGCCGCCUGCAGAGCCCCAACCCAGGGGUCUAUGACAGAUCAUAGGGCAGCUUCCUCCAGACAGUUUAGCCAGAGAAAUCAGGUUCACAACACACAUGCGCGUACACACACACACACACACACACACACACACACACACACACACUGCCCCCAGCCCUCUGCUGUGGCCUUAACUCUGUGAAGAAAACAAGACAUAAUGACAUGUUUUACUAAGUGCAAGUAGGUACCUCCUGUAUGGCUGGUGGCAGGUGAAGGGGAGAUUCCCAGGGUCCUCAGAAAACCUAGCAAAUGUGAGCCUGGGCUCAGGACUCACCAUCCUCUUACCCUAGAGUCUUCCUCACAGGGAGGUUCAGCAGGACUCCCCAACCCACCCACCUUGGUUACUCCUCCCCAGUAAAAUCAG